AUGCUCCACUCACAACGUAAACCCGUCCUGAUCGCACCUAAAAGGCUCGAGCCCUCACCGGCCCUCGAGGCCGAUUUAGACGUCGAGAUGACGGAUGACGAACCCAUUGUCAUCGUGGAACCUACCGAUCCUGACGAGGACCGCCUUAAGGCUGCUGAAGAUGAGGAAGGCAGUGCGGCGCCAAUGACCGUGGAGGACUCCGAAACAAACAAGCCAGGUGAGGAUAAUAACGGAGGACCCUGCGUUCCCCAGGAAGCCGCCGAUAAACCUGCCAAAACGCAGGUUACUGGGAUUACUACUGACCCGGUGCUGCUGAACCAGAUCCUCCACGCACUGAGUGCGAAGCCCGUGAAGUCUACACCCGUCUUUUCCGUGCCUGUGGUGACUUCUGAGUCGUCUCUUCAGGCUCUGACGCCCGUCAAUACGACUGCAGCAGCAAAUCACGUUCCACAGGCGCGACUCCUUGUCGCUUCGUCCAACGUGUACACCAUCCAGGCUCAAACCCCAAUUCAGGCAAGGGCUGGUGCCCCCCAGUCAAUUAUGCUCCAGUCUCUGAAUGGGAUCCAGACGGCCCGCAUUGUGGCCUCGCCGCUCACCGUCUCUCAGAUUUCUCCAAUCACCACGAUCGACAGUUCGGCAACCGGCGCCGCCGUCCGGGAUGAAACUGGUGUCAGUCAGCCAAUCACCAAUGGCCCCCCACAACCGACCAAUCUACAAAAUUUAAUCACCACUAACCCACUCCUCUCAGCAGUCCUUGUCAACUGUGCAACGGCCAAUCUGUUAACUCAAUUGGCUAACUCUAUUUCCUCAUCGAUGCUUUCAUUGGCCCAGUCGAUAGCAGUCGAAAAACAACAGAAUAUGGCCGGACAGAUAUCAGAACUUACCCAGAUGCUGUCGGCACUCACCUCCCUGGCCUCCACCCUCUCCUCCUCUCUACCCAGUCUGGCCAACCUCCGAACGAAUUCAGCCACACCCACAAACCCCAUAUUGACCAGUCUCAUCAGUCAGAUCAAUACUUCAUCCUCCACCCCAAUGGUCUCCUCUGUCAUCCCGUUGGCUAGUUUGAAACUAGUUACCGGAACGGAGAAGGCCAAGACGGACUCAGUGCCCUCCACCAUCUCAACAAUUCCCCUCCCCUCCGUGUCGGCCUAUGGGACUACUAUGUCUAAUCUCACCAUAUCCCCUCUCCAAUCCACCCCCAUUCCCAUUGUUACGGCCGCCCGAACUGCCGCUACAUCGCGAGUGCUCGAUCACAUUGGUCUUUCUGGAGUCAUAACCGCGGUCCCCUCAUCCGUUUCCCCCUCAGUCAUCGCGGUGGCUGCUGCGCCUCCAGUUACUUCUGCCACGAUGACCUCUGCGGUUCCAUUGGCUGUCACAACUACAACAACUACUACGACCACUACUAGUACAACCAAUAGGAUAAAGCGUUUUAGAUGCACCCACCUGGGCUGUGGUCGGGCGUUUUACUCCCACUUCAAUCUCGUCGAGCACAUCCGAACCCAUACUGGUGAGCGGCCCUUCGUCUGUCCAGUCAGUGGCUGUAAAUCGCGCUUCAAGAGACGAAGAGACCUGACUGAGCAUGACAGUGUUCACCGGGCAAAACGGGAGACUGACGGUGGAGGUCCGCUGCUAGCUCUGCUCACCGAGGAGCAACAAGAAAAGGAUGACUCGGCGGUAGCCGACCUUAGCACAGCGGCUGACGAUGCAGGUGACGAGGAUGAGGAUGGUAAGGAGGCGGAGGAAGAGGAGGAGGACGAUGAUGAUGAUGACGACGAGGAGGAGGAGGAUGAUGAUGACGACGACGAGGAUGACGACGAUGAUGAUGAGGAUGACGAUGAGGAUGAGGAAGGAGAGGGGAGCAAACAGGACGGAAGUAAAUCGGAUGGGGGCACGUCCACGGGGCAGAAGCUUACUCAAGGCGAGGGGGGUCAAAUCAGUCCACGAAAUGCCGAAUCAGAAAAGGCCCCCAGCCGAAAGAGGAAGCGACAUUUUUGCCCUUUCCCCAACUGUAAUCGCUCAUACGCUCGCCGGCAUCGACUGAAUCAGCAUAUGUGUCAGCACACCGGCAUAGGACCUUACUACUGUGACCAGCCGAGCUGUUCCGUAAAGUACUUUUGUGCUAGUGACCUUGACCGCCACAAAUUGGUCCACCUCGUUCCCACCAGUGGGGAUCCCCUGAAGAGGCACCUCUGCCCAUAUCCUGGUUGCGGGAAGGCGUACUCCAAACUUAACAAGUUGCGGGAGCAUGUACGGUCACACACAGGAGAGCGACCCUAUGUCUGUGAACACCCCGGCUGUAACGCCUCCUUCAUUCGCCUCUACGGUCUAAAGAGGCAUCAGCUCACUCAUUUCGCCCUUUCUCUGAAGAGUGACGAAAGGCGGUAUCCGACAAUCCUCCCAGUUUCCGCAGCAAGGCCGACGGAAACCGCCGUGAUUGUUGCUCCUGCGGGUGCAAUCCUUCCCCAGAAUGCGAUUGUUUCAAUUACAACUGUACCCGCCCCUUUCACUGGCGCAGUUGCUCCGGCCCCCUCCUCUCCUCCGGUCUCGGCGAUUGUCAGUCCUAGUCAACUCGUCACUAAACCCGAACCUACCUCCCCGCCCCCGGCCCCGACCACUCCUGUUGUACCGAGCACUGAAGUAGCCUCAGUGUCAGAAUCCGACCCGGCGACUUUUGUGCCCAAACCGGAGGAGACCUCUGCGGCGCCUCUCCCUUCGCCACAGGACACGCAGCCACCACCCUCAAUGGUCACAACGGCAGCACUGUCAACGACUGUGCCAACGACGGUGACAGUGGUAGCAAGAUCCACCACAGCCCCAACACCGGCUCCAAACGGAACAAUUACAAUCAAGAACUGUCCGGCCUCGCGAUUCAGCAAGGCCUCGGCAACCCCCUCUGCCUCCGCGAUGGCACUGAAGGCGGUUGUUAUUCCAGGACCUUUUGGCAAGCGGCGGCACAUUUGUCCCAUGCUGGGUUGCAAAAAGAUCUUUCCUAAGCUGAAUAAGCUUCGAGAGCACAUUUGUCGACACACGGGAGAGCGACCCUACGCUUGUGAGGAAUGCCCUGCAACUUUUGUGCGGAUGUAUGAUCUGCGGCGACACGCUCUGAUCCACCUCCGGAAGAAGAACGGUCUUCUUUCCAAUGUACAGUAA